GUCCGAAUCAAGGAAAUACAACAUGUUUUCGAAAGUCCUUGCUCCGCAACAUGUGUAUGUGAACCAAAGGUCGCGACAGAUAAAAAUAUUCUUAUCUUCGUAUUUCAAUUUGUUAACACCAGUAGCGAAAAUUGAAAUCAAUCAAUGCAUUCAUCAGUUUAUGUGAUGUUUCCUAUCUUGCAGAAUUCAUCCAGAAAAUGGCACCGUUAGCAGUAUUGUUGGUUUUCCUACUGGCAGGAGUUGCACAUAUUGAAGCAGCAGUAACAAAUGAAGACAUUAGGUUAGCCAUUCUCCAAAUAGUCAACGUGGUGAGAUCCACAGACGAUAAACUAGAGCGGCAUGAAUAUCGAGAUCGAGCAGUAGGAGAACAGUUGAAGAAGGGCAUGAUCAACAUAGACAAGAGAAUCAAACUGUUGGACCCUCUGAAAGGAACAGUGAGCAGACUAGACGAAAGACUUGCUGCUGUCGAGACCUUCCUCAUGCAGAGAGAUGAAAAGAAGCAAGCGCAAACGCAGAAGAUGUACGAAGCGGUCUUAGACGUGCAGAAGAACCUGCCGGAAAUGUUGGAUCAGCUCAAGAACGAGAUCAUUGCACAGAUUGGCAGUCAUCAACCUCCAGCCCAAAUAAUGGAGCCCCAAAUGUCCAAAAAGGAUUUCGAACGAGUCGAAAAAGAAGUCGUAGGUAAAAUAGACAAGGUAUCCUCAACAAUUGAUAAAAUGGAAUCUGAGUUGAACAAAAUGAGAGAAGACAAUAGGCAUUUGAACGACAUUAACAGCAAGUCGAACGAAAAUCUGGAAAAGGUGAAGAGGCAGCUUGAUAUGAGUGAGCAGUUGCUUUCUAGGUACGAGAACCGGUUAGCCGAGUUCAAUAAGGUUCCAGAGUUGAAUCAGGGCAACUUCAAGGAGCAGGAUGAAUGGAAGAAUAAUUUCCUGAAAGCUUUGGACUCUCAAAAAUCCUACGUGAACGACGUACUGAACGAUCUGAGGACCAUUCAAGCCAAAGUAGAUCGUCUUCCACAAAAACAAGAUCUGGAUGACGCCCAAAACACCACAAUGGAAAAGUUGGAAGAAAUCAAAGAUCAGGCUCAACACACGCCCGCUCAAACUGCUCAACUUCUUAUUCCACCGAUCGAGGGUCUGCGUGGUGAGAUAAACCAAACUGGGGAAGACAUCAACGACAAGAUCAACCAAUUGUCUGACAUCGCGGCCAAUCUAGCGGACGGAUUUUCUACCAAUUAUGAGAAGAUCAGGAAGGAAAUCCAAGGGCUUGGAAGAAUGGAACAAGUUGUGGUUCAAACAGCUGAUAAUGUUAUGGACACCAAAAGACGGGUAGAAUAUGGAGUUCACCAAAUUCUGGCGGAAAUUGCAAGACAGAUGAAAGAAGGUGCUAAAGAUAUAAAUCAGGGAAUCAGCGACAGAUUUGAUACCUUCGAGUUCUCGAUCCUAGACGAGGAGUCUGGAGCUUUAGCUAAUUUGACCUCGAAGAUUGGUGAGGACAUCCAUCAAGUAUGGCGACAAAUAGGCAUAAUGCACCAACAGAUGACCCAAAGUUCUGAUACCUUGGCCAAACUACAGAAUCAGACUGAUCAAUAUGUGAAUGGAUCGUUGAAUGUUAUGGACAAUAUGAAAGGAAAGGUGGGACAGAUAACAGGAAGGAUGAAAGAAGUUGAAGAAAAACUUGAACUAUUUGAAUGAGCAGGUUAUCAUUAGUUACACAGUAGUUCAACCAAAUCAAGACAGGCUUAGGCAAGGCAUUGGAUCAAAUCAGGGAUAACUUUAAAUCGGUUCAAGAUAAAGUGAAAGACCACGCACCGGGGAAACACAAAAUAGCCAGCAAUGAGAUUGUGGAAAACUAACUGAGACAGAUAGAGGAAAGACGUCUCUGUCCGAUCGCAAAGAAUUGAUUUAGCAUCCGGAAAAUUAAUAUUUAUGAGACUGAUUAUGUUAAUAGUAACGAAAAUUACUGCAUUUAAAAUAAACUUACACAAAUACUGCAAAACAACAUAUCUUUUUAAGUAUGAUAAUCGAAAUUUUUUUAAAACUGAUCUUUUUGAACGGACUUUUCCUGAUGAGUUUAAAAUUUUGAAUGUUAUUUUCUUGAAGAUCGAAACUUCAUAACUGUUUGAACUCAACGCUCUUUAUUCUGUGAAGGAACGAUCGGAUUCGAGUCAAUUUCUAGUUAUAACCUUUUCUGUCAUUCAUGGUAAGAGUCUCGUGCUAACAGCGAAUUGGUUAGAAUGUAGUAAUAUUUAUUAUGUACGAAAGAUGUGAAACGAUUAAUAUUUGCCAUUGUCCUAAUCUUACCGCUUAUUUCUUGUCUUGUCCUCUAGCCGGUUAAAACGCCAUGAAAAUAAAAAUAAGACAGGUUUUUGAUCAGACCUCGAAAACGAAUCUCUAAGUUUUAAGUGCAGGAUAAUAUGAAUAUAAUUAGAUACAUCAUUUUGUUAAUACAGUGCAGUUUCGCGACCGGCCCAGAUCAACAAGUUUUAUUUUAAGUAAGAUAGCAAACGUUUUAUACUAAGAUAUUCUGAAUAUAUUUUAAAGAAAUCCACUUAUUUAAUUUCUACAGUGGAGCAUUCCUCACAUCGAAAUCCACGAAUUCUAUUUUCCAUAAUGUGACAUUCCUUACCUAGAUGAAAUUUCGUAUUUAUAGCUGGAAUGAAUUAACAUUCGUUUCGAGGAUGAGGCAGCAAUAAAGGUUAAUUUGUCACAUUUUGAGAACAUGGCUCUGAAAACCUAUUAUGUCACGUUAGAACAUAUUACAAUACAGAUUUGGCGCGAAUUUCAUGUUGGGGGGGGGGCAGUUUAGACACGUCUGAUCCUGAAAAAAAAUAUUUAAGGGGCAAAAUAUUGAUAUUCCCUAGAUACAAAAAUUCCAAAAUUGUGAUUAGGUCUGAUAACCCUGCAUUUCAGAUACCCCACCAACUUAUGGUAUAAAAUACCAUACUUCUGGUCUCAAUAUCAUUAAUAGUGUUUCUACAUAAACGCCAUGGAGAGAUCUUCAGACCAUUGACAUCAAAUGCUGAAAAAUUAAACAUGCUGAGCUCUCGUCGCAUAAUAAUAGUUCCACAGUUCUCCAUGCAGUUAACAUAAGGAUGUUGUUUCAAAUGAACAUUUCUUAUCUAAAGAGUUGUUGAUCAGGUGUAAGGAAACAACAAUUUUUCAAUUAUCAUUUAUUUCAUUAUGCAAAUUAUGCGCUAGGUACAUAUAGAAUGCGAAUCGGCUGCUGAAUCCAGCCAACCCAACAGAUUUAAAAUCUUUCAUACCCAAAAUUUGGUACUCAGUACGUACAUUGGAUCAGUUUUUUUCUUAUUUACCCACAGAUUAUCUCAGACAUGAUCAAGGAAACAUAGGCUCAUAGAACAUUAGCAAACAAUCUUCACCCUACUAUAUCUAGAGAACUAUUAUUAUAUUCUCGUAUCUGUCAGUUUUAGAGCCGAUAUUUUUGUUAUUAUUUGGCGGGAAGUUCAACGUUUUGCUAAUGUUGUAUUCAAUGUCAACUAAUUAACUGGUAUUGAUAACCUUUAUACAUUCUUGAUAUGCCAUUAUUUAUUAGUUAAUAUUUUCCUUACACCUAAUAAAUAUAUGUACAUCCAUUUUAAAGGAGAAAGUAUUCAUGACCACAUAGGCUGAUAACAGG